UCUUAAUAGACUUAUUAAGAAAAAUUAUGACCUGUUUUAUAGAUAAAAUUCAGGAUUUUACUGUUAAAAAUUAGUCCAGUUAGUUUAUACUAUGUAGUUAUGGUGCCUCUUUUAAAUCAACCAAUAACUAACACAAAACUAAGGCACCUAUUAAUAGCAGAAGACACGGAAAACAUAUUCAGUUAAUUAAUUUUCAUAAACUUCAUACUAAUAUAAUAGAAAAGUCAUUAUUGCACACCACAUAACUACAUGACUCGAAAAGUAACACAGUGCCGCAAUACACUAAGCUUAGACCGAAAACAAGAAUCUCAACAAACAUUAUCUUUAUAUUUAACUCAAUAAUUAAUUUCCAUUCAUAGGCCUCCUCAUCACAACCCUUAUCAUGUUCACGGAGCAAUGCACUGUGACCUUCAUCAACAACAAGUGUCGCUACAACAUGGUCUGCGUCAACACCCUUGACAACAACAACCAAGGCUGGAACAGAUUCCGUCACGACCCAUACAACAGACCCAUGAACAUGGACGAAGUUGACAUGGAAGCCUGCUCAAGACACAUAACGUACGGAGGAUAUGAACUAGACCCCGUCUAUCUCGUCUUUCGUCACAAAAUCAAAGAUCUCGACACAUCUAAACCAGUUCCGAUAACCUACGAUUAUGGCGGACAAGGUAUCGUCAACGUCAUUUAUUCCCUAGACUUGAGUGAUAACAACUAUGACUACACACCAGUUCUGAAGAGCAUGCAGAAUCUCGCGUUACUUGACUUGUCAAAGAACCAGCUGACUACAGCUGUACUGUCGAAUUUGUACGCAUUGAAUAGCCUGAAGGAAAUCGAUUUAUCAUACAAUACAAUAAGUGAAAUCCAAGUGAAUACGUUCGACCACCCUUACAGUAGUCUGAACAAAAUAAACCUCUCCCAUAAUUACUUGGUAAAAAUUCCGGAUGCUGUGUUCGAUAGGUUUGGUUAUUUGGAAACUUUGGAUUUGUCUCACAACUACAUUGAAGGCUUGAGUCCAUUUAGUUUCGAAGGCAUCAAGAGUUUGUUGCACCUAAAUAUGUCAAACAACCGCCUUUCAGACAUCAACUCUUCUCUAUUCAGAUUCAGUGAAUUGAAAGUUUUAAGUCUAAGUAACAAUAGAAUAAAAAAUCUAAAGCUAGUUGAUUUCGAAAAAUUAAACAAACUUGAAGUUCUUGAUUUAAGCUCUAACGCUAUACAAACGUUUGAAUUUAAUUUGUUUCAAAACAUGCUUCAGUUGUACAGUCUGGAUUUAAGAAACAAUGUUCUAGAUGUUUUAAACAAAGACACAUUCACUAAUUUACAAUAUUUAAGUAGUAUCGAUCUUUCGAGGAAUAAAUUUAAGUCUUUGCCUAAAGGAUUGUUUAAAAAUAAAACCGUAAAUACUUUCUCUAUUACGGACAAUUUGUUAGAGGCUCUUUGUCUAGAGGCAUGUUCGAUGGUGUGA